AUCACGGCAACAUAGACUCCGGCGAGGACCGGCACUUCCCCAUCAAAGAAGAAGAAGAAGAAGAAAGCAAUCUCCGGUUCCUGCUCGCUACGAUGAUCAUCAGCUGCCGUGGAAUUGGACGCUCAAUCCCGAGCUUGCGAGCCGUGAUUCUGUUAUCGAUACUACUGCAAAUCUCAGAGCUUCCCUCUUCCUUUUCUGCCUCGUCGUCGUUGGACAGCUUCUCGGUGACAGAUGGGAAGGUACUGGAACUGGACGAGUCUAAUCUGGACACCGCGAUCGCAUCCUUCGACUACAUCCUCGUCGAUUUCUAUGCCCCUUGGUGCGGCCACUGCAAGCGGCUCUCCCCCGAGUUGGAUGCAGCUGCCCCUGUUCUUGCUGGGCUCAAACAGCCUGUGGUGAUAGCAAAAGUAGAUACUGACAAGUAUAAGCGGGUCGCCGUCAAACAUGAUAUCGAUGGUUAUCCGACCCUCAAACUGUUUAUGCAUGGUGUUCCGAUGGAGUACCACGGGCCCAGAAAAGCAGAUUUGCUGGUUCGCUUUCUAAAGAAAUUUGUCGCUCCUGAUGUCUCUGUUCUCGAUUCCGAUGCUGCGAUAGGUGAAUUUGUUGAAACUGCUGGUUCCAGUUUCCCAUUGUUCAUUGGUUUCGGUUUGGAUGAGUCGGUGUUAUUAAACCUAGCGAGAAAGUAUAAGAAGAAGGCAUGGUUUUCUGUGGCAAAGGAUUUCUCCGAGGAUGUCAUGGUCUCGUAUGAUUUUGACAAAGUUCCUGCUCUUGUGGCCAUCCAACCCAGCUACAACGAGAGGAAUAUCUUUUACGGUCCCUUCGAAGAAAAAUUCCUUGAGGACUUUGUGAAGCAGAACUUUCUGCCCUUGUCCGUGCCAAUAAAUUCAGAUACGCUGAAGUUACUGAGGGACGAUGAUAGGAAAAUUGUCCUGACAAUCGUGGAAGAUGAGACAGAUGAUGCAUCGAGGAAGCUGGUGAAAUUGCUGAAGGCAGCUGCAUCUGCAAACCGAGACAUAGUGUUUGGUUAUGUUGGGGUUAAACAAUUCGAGGAGUUCACCGAUUCUUUCGGUUCUACGAAGAAGACAGAGCUACCGAAGAUGGUGGUGUGGGAUGGAAAUGAAGAGUACUUCACAGUUAUUGAUUCUGAAGUCAUUCACGAGGAGGAUCAGGGAUCUCAGAUCACGAAAUUUCUUGAAGGAUAUAGAGAAGGCAGGACGGUCCAAAAGAGAAUCAGUGGCCCGUCUCUCAUGGGCUACAUCAAGUCAUUGAACAUGGGAGUCAAAAUUGCGUACAUUAUGGUCUUUUUGGUCAUAAUUGUGAUGAUUGUGAUGGGCUUCUGUAUGGAUGAUGAACCUCUGCGAGUUGGAACAAGGGACCAGGCUGAUCAAGGGACCAGCUCUGCCUCCGAGCCCGAGAGGAGGGAGUACAAAUCCGGGGACAAGGAAGAUUAGAAAAAUGAUCUGGAUACCACCACGACUCUUCUUUCUCAUCCUCACCACUGGAUUUGCAUCCGGGAGAUGGGAAAUUCAGAAGCUGAGAGUUCACUGCUGCAGAUUGAGGUUGAAGCUGCAAGGAAGAGAAUCACAUGUCGUCGGCAAUGUAUGAUUUUCUAUACAUUAUGGCAUGCUGAUUUAUUGAUGUUUUAAUCCAUAUCCUUUUGCUUGUAUGGCGACUCCUAGGACCCGUCCGACGUUUUUUUGGGUUCCCUUUCUAAUUUAUUCGUGUUAGUCUGUAGUCGUAAAUGUUCUCAAUGGAGGAAUGGUAGCUCACUUGUUGAACGUUCCUUCACAUCCGUGGGCUGAGGUAAUGGAAAGCAGAGAAACACAGUUGAGAUGUAACUUUCAGGCUCGGUGUUGAAUUUUUACUUCAGCCGGACUUCCUGGCA